AUGGCGAGCUGCGAACGGGAGGUGCGGGCUGACGAACCGGAACCGGGCAGCUCUGGAAGACCGGCCAGGAGGGAACAGCCGGGCACGGAAGUGGACCACGAAACGGAACAGGAUGGAUUGGCGAUUGGAGGUGGUGGUCCAAGCACGAACGGACCCAUCGAAUCCGACGAAGAUGACGAGGAUGAGGAUGAGGAAGACGAGGAAGAGGAGGAGGAACCACCCGAAUUGCGGGUCGCUGCACAGCAAGACUGUCCUCCAACACCGUAUGAAGAGUGUUUGGAUUUAAAAAUGUUCGAAAUACGCACCGAACCGGAAGACUCAGUACGGGAACCGCCAUCCGAGGGCGUGGAAGAAGUACAGCAGGAAGAACGGGUUGAUUUUGCUGACGGAAAUCGAAAUAAACCGGACAACGCUAUCCCCGUAGACUUCGGCCUCACUCCGUCCGCUUCCUGCGUGCGGCGGAAAAGCGAACAAGCCCUAGACGCACAUUCCGAUCCCGAUACGAACAGUGUAGAAUCCACGAUGGCCAAAGAGGACCCCGGUCCGAAUCCGAACGGUACGAAGAAAAAAGUUCGCCCCAAUCGGCUCGCGUCCCCCGAUGGGGUUGGCUGUACGCGCAAGAAGCAGCAAUUCUGGAUCGAGGGAAGCUCGGGCCACCGUCCACUGGAACGUUCAUGGCCGCCGAAAGGUGCUAAAUCGCACCGCAACUCGUCGAAUCGUACCUAUCCGUUGGUUGCCGGGGACGGAUUCUCCUUUGACAUUAUCGAUAUGGACGAACAGGAACAGCAAUCGCUGGAGGGGGAGGGUGCGGUAGGAGGAUCGGUUGGUGAGGGGAUGCCGGAUGUGGAAGGUAAUAGUGCGGUUGGUGACGCAUCGACACCAUUGCGAAGGAUGCGACUGGAUCGGAAUGGUAACGAUACGCCGGACGCGAUCCGCACCCGAAGCGGUGGACAACCCGGGAAGAUACCACUGAGGAAGGUGGUGCAGGAGGUCGGUGAGGAAGGUACGUUGGGCGAGGGAGAGAUGGUGGCGCGAACGGUACGUCCGCAUCGUCCGCUCGCUAGAACACCGUCGAGCGGACGCGAACCGAGAAGCCGUCGUCCACUUCCGGUCGAUUAUACGAUGGAUGUGGCUGCACCGUCGGUACAUACGGUACGGAGUCCGGCCAGUGGUCCAGGUAGCCCGGUACUGCGAGAACCGUCACCCGAACCGGCAAGACCACAGCCAAGGCCUUUAACGCGUGUCGGUGGAAGAAUAGGGUCGGAUCUGGUAUGUCCACCGACGCCAACACAUCACGCACGAAGAAAUCGAAUGGCCGGAGCGGUUAUGUCCUCGGGUGCAGCUUCUGUUGCGCCGGUGGAGCAUAAUUAUGGACCCCAACUGGUGGAACCAGAGCCGGAAAUAAUCAUCCCGGAUGAGGGUGCUGCUGUGGGGAAUGUUGCCGGAUCGGACCAUGCCGGUGUGGAAGGUGCCGUUCGGCACGUACCAAGCAUGCGAUUGCCAUCGAUCCCGGAGCGUACCCGUGCGAUUCUUGCCGAACCGGACGAACCGCUACCGCCAGCGUGGGAAGCUCGUAUGGAUAGUCAUGGGCGGAUCUUCUACAUUGACCACGCAACGCGCACCACAUCCUGGCAGCGGCCCGGACCGCUCGGUACAUCCGCCGUCUUGGCGCACGGUCCGGAUCCUCACCGGCAGCAGCUCGAUCGACGCUACCAAUCGAUUCGCCGCACAAUCUACGAACAUAUGCGACAGGAAAAUGGACCCUCAACGUCGGGCAGCUCAACUGCCACACGGUCACGCUCUAGCUCGACCGGUGGUGGCCGUUCUACGCUCACCUCCACCACCGGCAGUCCCUUCCAUCCCGCCCUACUGAUGAUCUGUCGGUCCGAUUUUUACUCGAUGCUACACACGAACGGGGAAGCGAUCCAGCUGUACAACAGAAAUGCCGCCCUAAAGCACAUGGUGUCACGGGUGAGGCGCGAUCCGGGUUGCUUCGGUCGGUACCAGCACAACCGUGAUCUGGUUGCGUUGGUUAACUGUUUUGCGCUCACCAACCAAGACCUGCCGAGCGGCUGGGAAACAAAGCUUGACCAAAGCGGGAAGCAAUUCUUCAUCGACCACGUUAAUCGGCGUACCUCGUUCAUGGAUCCAAGGCUACCGACGGAGGGUCCUAGAAGUCGGCAUCAUCGUCCACCGGUUGGUGGUGGCAGUGGGGGUGGUGGUGGUGGUGCGAUGUUACUUCCCGUCGCUAGUCCUUACCCUGAUGAACGGCCCAUUCCACCGCCCCGACCACCGGGCACCAUUUCUCGGCUGGCGCACAUUGGAUCGCCCGAAAUUCCCGUCGCGUACAACGACAAGGUGGUUGCGUUUCUUCGCCAACCGAACAUACUGGAAAUUUUGCGUGAACGGCACGGGGCGGCUGCCUGUUCCCGGAAUUUGCGUGAAAAAAUCAACUCCAUUAGAGUCGAGGGUACAACGGCACUCGACCGGUACAGUCACGAUUUGGAGCUUACGAUUCUGUUGAGCCUGUUCGAGGACGAGGUGAUGAACUAUGUGCCGCCGCGUGCACGCAGCCCACCGGAACAGGGCACGUCUGCUGGCUUUAAUGUGCACGGUGGGGGCGUCGGCGGCAACACCAUGAAGCCGGGUGGACGCCACGUCCAGCGUGCUCCGAUGCGGCGCGAUUUCGAGGCCAAGCUGCGCAACUUCUACCGGAAGCUCGAAUCAAAAGGCUACGGUCAGGGACCGCACAAGCUCAGGCUGGAAGUACGACGAGCGCAUCUGGUGGAGGACGCGUACGAACGCAUCAUGGCGGCAAGCCGGCGAGAUCUGCAACGAUGCCGGCUAAACAUCGUCUGGGACACGGAGGAUGGUUUGGAUUAUGGGGGACCAUCGCGCGAAUUCUUCUACCUGCUGUCGCGCCAACUGUUCAGCCCAUACCGGAACAUGUUCGAGUACUCGGCGAACGAUAUCUACACCGUGCAGAUCGCACCGGAACGUCCGUCCGAUCGGGAAGAUAUAUUGGAAUGGUAUCGCUUUGCUGGACGCGUGUUAGGACUUGCCCUGGUGCAUCAGUAUCUGUUGGAUGCGUUCUUUACCCGUCCAUUUUACAAGGCCCUGCUGCGACUGCCCGUCUCCCUGAGCGAUCUCGAGUCGCUGGACAGUUCCUUCCACCAGUCGCUUCUGUGGAUAAGGGACAACAACAUGGAUAACUGUGGUGAGCUCGGUCUUAACUUCACCGUCACCGAGGAACGCUCCGACGGUACGUCGAUUGACAUUGAGCUAAAGCCGAACGGCAGGAACAUUACGGUAUCGGAACGGAACAAGCGCGACUACCUCGAUCGCAUCAUAAAAUGGCGCCUGGAGCGAGGUGUGCUCGAGCAAACCGAAUGGCUGGUCCGUGGCUUCAACGAGGUAGUUGACCAUCGGCUCGUGUCAGUGUUUGAUGCGAGCGAGCUGGAGCUCGUCAUUUCCGGCACGGUCGAGAUCGAUGUGCUGGAUUGGCGUGCCAACACGGAGUACCGCGGUGGCUACCACGAUACGCACCAUGUCAUCAUGUGGUUCUGGGUGGUGAUCGAUCGCAUGAGCAACGAGCAGCGGCUGCGACUGUUGCAGUUCGUCACCGGAACGUCCAGCAUUCCGCACGAUGGGUUUGCCGGGUUGCGUGGUUCGAACGGACUGCGACGAUUUUGCAUCGAGAAGUGGGGCAGUGCGGAUGCGCUGCCCCGUUCGCACACCUGCUUCAAUCGGUUGGAACUGCCACCGUACCCGACACCGGACGUACUGUACGAAAAGUUGGUGUUGGCGGUUGAGGAAACUAACACGUUCGGCAUCGAAUAG